AUGGAGGAUUUUUCUUCUUCUUCUGAUUCUGAUGAUGAUUUUAUGUUGUUUGUCUUCCCAAUAUUGCUACUAGCAGCGAGGGAGGAAGAACUCGCCAACAAUGGGAGGCGGAAACGACGCCGUCUCGCUUGCGAGGUCUUUACGCGACCUAUCGGCGACACUGGGCCCACUGACACCGGGUCUCCCAGUCCUCCUUUAAUCAGCGAUGCUCGUACCCCACUUAAACCAAACAAGAUAAAAAACAACCCCGUAUCCCCGCAACCAAACACCCACGCCCACCCACCCAAAAUGGAAUCUCAAUCGCUCCAACCCAAACAGAUCUUCAUCUUAUCGGGCCAGAGCAACAUGGCCGGCCGCGGCGGCGUUUUCAGAGACCACCAUCAACACCAACAUUGGGACCGCGUCGUUCCGAACGAGUGCGGCCCCCAUCCAUCCAUCCACCGCCUCAGCGCGCAUCUCCGGUGGGAGCCCGCGCUCGAGCCGCUUCACGCCGACAUCGAUGCCACGAAGGUAUGCGGCGUGGGGCCGGGGAUGGCGUUCGCGAACGCCGUGAGGGAGCGCGUGGGGGUGUUGGGGCUCGUGCCGUGCGCGGUGGGCGGGACGGCGAUCAAGGAGUGGGCGCGUGGGGAGCACUUGUACGAGAGUAUGGUGAAGAGGGCGAGAGAGAGCGUGAAGGGCGGGGGUGAGAUCAAAGGAUUGUUGUGGUACCAAGGGGAGAGUGACACGUCGACGCAGCAUGAUGCUGAUGCAUACCACGGGAACAUGGUGGAGCUCAUUGAGAAUGUGCGCGAGGAUCUUGGCUUGCCUUCGCUUCCUAUUAUCCAGGUGGCUAUUGGGUCUGGGGAUGCAAAGUACAUAGAGAAAGUGAGGGAGGCCCAAUUGGGAAUGAAGGUUCCAAAUGUGGUUUGCGUGGAUGCAAAGGGGUUGGAGCUCAAAGAUGAUCAUCUGCACCUGACCACCAAGGCCCAGGUUCAAUUGGGUCACAUGUUGGCUGAUGCUUACAUCAAACACUUUGUAUCAUCAGAAGCCAAUGCUCAUCCUGCCCUUUAA